GCUGUGGCGCGGCCAAGAAGGUCGCAGGCCUACCAGCGGGUGGUGGAGGAGUCGAUGCGGAAGGUUCGGGACCUGGGAUCCCCAGCCAGGAGGCCCUCGGAGUUGGCAAGGAAGAGGGCCAACAACAAGCAGGAGACGGAGAGCGUGCCCAGGCUCAGCCGUCGCCUCAGGAAGUACGUGGCGUUCAAGGAGCGGGUCCAGCUGGCCAAGAAGGAGAAGAAGCGCAAACAGACGGCGCUGGAGGAGGAGCAGGUCACAUCGCUGGUGAAGGCCUCCAUGCCGAGGGCGCUGGCGAGGAAACUGUUCGAGGCCAAGAAGCGCACCCAGCAGGGUGUGCCCACCAUCGUGCACGGGCUCGCGUUCAAGAAGGACUUCGGCAUCGGGCAGAGCCGUGUGGUCGAGUACGGAGUGGAGGUGGAGAACCGCUUCGAGCAGCUUGGCCAGGGCGUCGGUGACGAGUCGAUGGACGAGCAGGAGCGUUACGACGACGACCAGCAGCAGGAGGAGAAGGAGCAGGAGGCCAACGAAGAUAGCACGGAGCACACGCAGCAGGGCUUUGGCGCAGGUGGUUGUGCGCUGCUUCGUGCGUUGGAGAAGUACGACGCGGACGGCAACGGGUGCGUGGCGGUGGCGGGGUUGCGCAUCAUGUUCGAGGAGUGUGACUUCGGGGUGCAGGGGGAGAAGACUGCGGAGCUGAAUGUCGACCAGAAGGCAGGCGGCCCUGCCGAGCUGGAGGACCUGCCGCAUAUUCCAGCCGUUCCCACCCUCGUGAGCGAGGGGAUCGGCGACGGCGAGCUCCUGAAGCUAGCAGUCGAGAAGUUCGGGCUGAACUGGGAGGAGGUCGGCUACGCCUACCAGCAGGGCCGCCUCCGAGAG